GCGAAGUUGACGGCACAUGACUCCGCCUUGUAACCUCCGAUGUUCACCGCAACUUCCUUGAAAGCUGCCACGGGGGGAGCCUAAUAAUGGAUGGAGUCGGCGAAAUAGCCCAUAUACGCCAUGCAAGACUAGGGGACCCGUACUGUGGCGUAGAUCACUCCAUAGUGUUUGAGGUGCGGGAAGAUAUGGACCCCGCUAACCACUAGCAGGGUCAUUGGUCUUGGACCCCCGACUCUUGUGUAUAGAUCUGGCUCAUAUCCCGGGUGCCGUUUCUGUUUGCGAUGGUCAGUUCUUGUCUCAUUCACCCCCCACAGCUAGGCCUGCUGCUACUACGCCGGUAAUUCCCAACAUGGACGGAAACACCCUGGGAUCCUAUGGCGGGAGCCUCGUCGCUCGUGCAGGCGGUUUACACCCCCCACCAGAAGUCAUGCUCAGUUGGCCAAGACCGAAUUAUGUCGACCCAGAGGAACGAGGUUGGGGAACCCCGAUACUGCUCAUGGUAGUCUUGGGCAUCACCUUCCUGGUAUACUGUGCGCGGAUGUGGGCAAGGCUGGUUAUAUCCAAGAAUACGGGACUCGACGACAUACUGGUCAGCAUAGCAAUGCUGCCGCUGUUUGGCCUGACCAUAUCAAGUGUACUUGGCAUUCGCAUCUAUGGCUUCCAAUGGCACGUUUGGGAUCAGACCAAAGAAACGCUAGUAACAACAAGAGAGAUCGCUUUCGCCAUCGAACUUAACUACAUGUUAACGUCGACGCUGAUUAAAGUCUCGAUCCUUUGCUUCUACCGCCGCAUUGGUGAUCGUUUGACGAAUCAGUUUAUUUACUGGGUCUACGGCAUGAUCGUCUUCUGCAUCGUCUACGGCAUCGUCUUUACUAUUGCCAUCGUCUUCACAUGUACACCGGUCAUAGGAUUCUUUCGCCUCUUCGACAUAUCCUGGAGACUGCAGAACGAACUGACGUGCCGCAACGAGGGCGCCCUCAUCGUCGCAUGCGCGGUGAUUUCAUUGUUCCAGGACUUCGUCAUCUGCCUGCUACCGGUACUUCUGAUUUGGAAUCUUCAGAUCAGCAAACGUCAGAAGAUCGGCCUUUGUGCCAUUUUCGGCGUGGGCCUGAUAACAUGCAUCUGCGGUAUAAUGCGAACAUUCUAUGCUGCGAAGCUAUACUACUUCACAUACGACAUCACCUGGGCAGCAUACUCUGGCUGGAUCUGGACGACACUCGAAGCCCAGCUAGCCGUGAUGUGCGCUUCGGCGCCCUCACUUAAAGUCUUCCUCGGUCGCUAUUUCAGCAUGUACACCUCGCGCGCUGGCUACUCUCAGACUGGUAUUCCUGGCCAAGCGUCCGGUCCGUCGUCAAACACGCUAUCGCAAGGCUUCACCGCGAAAGCAUCCCAGCACUCGACACAACAAUCACAGUGCACUGCUGGAUCGAUUCGUGGAGACGUUCCGCUGGAAGGCAUUCAUAUAAACCAUAAGUUGGAUGUCAAGGUUGAAGAGCGGGAUGAUUACGAACGAGCGAGCCUUCACAGCACGAAGGAGCUUACUGCGCUACCAAUGUCCAUACAGCCGGGUUGGCGAGAUGGCUGCAGGACAGUUUGCGCGGCACUCCGACCGAGCAGCAGAGGCAUAUCAGCAAAUCGUAGUCGAACUCGCGAUGGCGAUGUCGAAGCUGGCCGUGCUUACUGAGUGGGGUAUGCUUCUUCGGUUGCUGGAUAUCUGUCUCUAUAACCUUUACCCUCGUUUCGUCGACCUUCUUUUACGGUUUCUCUAGACCCAUAUACAUUUUCCUUUUAUCUGAUUCAGAAGGAGAAAGACAUUCGACGAGCAUGCCACGGCAUCACAGAUGUUUCUCAUUUGAGAAGCGCACAUGAUCAGGCCACGAUGGCCACCAACGCCUC